GUAAGUUAUAUGGCGGGACGAUUUAACUGCUGUGUAAGUCUAGGUUUGCUUUGGGUGUGUUAGAAAGCGGGCAACGUUAGGGAUGAAGGAGCUACUAUAGGUCCCUCGUCCUCAGGAGCUUGCGAUAUGGGAUAUUCGAGCCAAAGAUGAGACGAUCAGCUGCUCCAAGUCAACUGUUGGGACAGUCAGCCAAAAAGCCAAGAUUUAUACCGCCAGGAAAAAUCCUGCAGAAAACAUUUGAAUAUGUAGAUCCAGAAAUGAAAACAGAUGAGGUGUGCGAGAGACAAUUGUGUAGGUCAACUUCUGUAAACAUUUGUUCUACAACUUCUGGCUUUCAUUCUUCUGUAGCUGUAAAAUCUAAGGAAGAAGAAUUGCCCUGUGAAAACAAAAAUACAGUGAUUGGGCAUUUGAAAACUGGAAUCAAAUCACUAUGCAGAACAACAAUAGGUAGGAAUAUGCAUACUUUCAUGUAAAGCGGAAUAGCUUAUGAAAUAUCUUCUGAAACAAAGCUGUAAAAACUGAGCAACAUUGACUUCAGGACAGCUGUGUUUCAGUUGUGACGACAAGGUUUUCACUCUUCAGAAUAAGAGCUGAGCAGAGCUAGGAUCUGUGUGGUGAUUUCAGGAACUGCUUAUUCUUCAGGCUGGAGAGGACGAUGGUUGGGAAGGCCAGAUCCUCGAAUUUCACUUUGUCUGAAAAGCUUGAUUUGCUGAAACUUGUCAAGCCAUAUGUUAAUAUUCUCGAGGAACACACCAACAAACAUUCAGUCAUAGUGGAAAAAAACAAAUGCUGGGACAUCAUAGCUGAUAACUACAAUGCCAUUGGAGUUGACCGCCCUCCUCGCACUGCCCAGGGCCUGCGCACACUAUACAAAAGGCUCAAGGAAUAUGCCAAGCAGGAACUCUUACAGCAAAAGGAGACCCUUUGUGACUACAAAGGCUACAUCUCUGAACCGACUAAGAAAGUUGUGGAAAUGAUCCCUCAGAUUUCCACUGUGUGUUUGAGAGAGAGGAAUAAUCUGCCAUGUGCUACCCUGGCAAAAGAAACAGUUGCUACUACAAGUUCUCCUCAGCUAAUGUUGGAGCCCCAUCCUGCUGCUAUCACACUGGAAUUGGGUCCAGAAGAAGAGGAUGUGAAGCCACCACCUUCACUAAUACUUGAAUUGCAAGCACAGGACAACUUAGAGCAAAGAGAUCAACAGCAUAUGGUCCAUGUCAUGGAGAGAUCUCCAUCAACUUCCCUGUCUUCUGUGGAUAUAAGAAUGCUAUCUCCAUCGCCUAUCCCCAGGCGAGAUGAGUUUUUUAGGCUUGAAAGUGGAGAACGAUUUAGGCCAGCAUGUGGAGGGUAUGAUCCACAAAUGUUGCAAAUGCUCAAAGAAGAACAUCACAUAAUUUUGGAAAAUCAAAGGAAAAUUGGCCUCUAUAUCCAAGAAAAAAGGGAUGGGUUGAAAAGGAGACAGCAACUGGAAGAAGAGCUUUUGAGAGCAAAAAUUAAAGUAGAAAAAUUAAAGGCAAUACGAUUACGUCGUGAUCUUCCUGAAUUCAACAGUCUUUGAAUAUAAAGCAAUUCUGCAUAAAACCGUGCUUAUUCUGUGUUUGAUUAGAAAAUAUCAGUUACUUUAUUUGGAUGGAUUGGAAGUGGAUGGACAAAAUAAUUUGUUUUUUUUAAAAAUUCAUUUAUGUUUGCAAGCAAUCAAAAGACAGUUUUCACAGGUUUUUCCAAAUGUUCAGAUCUCAAGGAAAACCUCAUCUAAGACUUAAAAAAUAAUCUUUUUUGAAAUCCUGUGAUCUUAAUACUGUUAGUAAAAGUCAUUAUUGAUUUAUGAAGCUAUUGUAAAAAAAUUGUUUAAUUUUUUAUUUCAUUUCAUUAUUUUCUGGGAACAAUUCUUAAGUACCCGUUUAAAAUAUUUAUUUGUGGGUAAAUAAAUAUAUGCAAAGUGGAAAAAAAGACUGGUCAUUUUUCCUUUUUUUAUAAGACGGUGGUAACUAGUAUUUUAGUACGGUCUUAUGCUAUUUGGAAAAGCAUGGAUAGAAAUAUCUACAGUAGUGUCUAUUUUCAUGUUGAGCUGAACUGUUGAAAUAUGAUUCUACAAUAUUUUAGAGUAUUAUAAUUCUAAAAUCAGUAAACAGUUCAGAAUAAAAAUAAUACCUUUGACACGUUCUUGUUUUUAAUCAAACAUUCUGCAGUCCAGUUAACAAUCAUGGGAGUCCAGAAGGGCAAGUUAAGGAAUGUUGUAUUAAUGUUUUUAUAUCUAGACAGCGCUCGGUAUUUUCUGAGUUGGUUUAUACCUGACUUCUAUGCAUAGCCACCAAUGCAUAAUCUAUCUGAAUUAUGGAGGGAGCUACGGGUUAUCAUAACA